GUUAUUUAGAUUAUAACGGAAUGAUUCACUAAAUAUACGACGUAAAGUUGGUUAUUUAAAAUUGCGGUAGAAUGGAAAAACUGGGGUUGGGGUGUCCGUUCUCAUUUCUGGGCGGUAAACCGCAGGACUUGAGUGGGGGACCCGGCCUCCUAGAUCUGAACUACGAGUGCUAUUUGGAAAUAUUUUCCCACCUAAGUGCUCUAGAGGAUCAGUUAAAUCUGGGCCGUGCCCAUCCGGUUUUUCGGGAUGUGCUAACGGACGUUCUGCGACCGCGGUACAGGAAAAUCAAUGUGCGGAUUCUGAAAUCCCUUGCGGAUUGGGAAUUUCUACUGAGACUGUGCGGAUCCGAAGUGACCAGAUGUGAUGUGCCCCAUGGCCGCUGGGAUGAGCCCUUCACAUACCCCUUUCUGGGCCUCCUCGGACGGCACUGUCCUAAUUUACGACAAAUAAUCGUAAUUUUUAUGCACGCCGUAACAGAGACCCCGCCGGAAACAAGGGAGAGAGGCCAAAUCAUGCAGUUGCUCCUCGAGUUACCUAGUCUAACCAAUCUUACUCUGAUUGAUGCCACAUCCGCUCACUUACGUCAAUUGCCUCAGUUUCCUAAGCUGGAGACCCUUGACCUGGAUGGGAUCGAUCCUAACCUCAGUGACUGCGCCUUCCAGCAGAUGUUCGACAACAAGGACUCCUUGAGACGGCUCAUUCUAAACUUUGGCAGAUACAGAAGGCUAUCCCACCAGUUUUCUCUUUUAGCACCAAAAUUUCCCAACUUGGAGCACCUUACGUUGGAAAACUUUGAUUACACCUUUCACGAAUUGGGGGACUUUAAAUCUCUCCAGUCGCUUCGUUUGAUCUCCCGCUGGGUUGCGGAAGUGAGCAAUGACUUUUACAGAUCAGUAGUUAAAACCACUGGUAACCUUCAAAAGCUGCAAUUCAUAUCCGUUCGUGUAAGAGGCGACCAAGUGCAUCAUAUCCUUUCAAUUUGCCGACUGAGAGCUCUUGACUGCGAUAACUUUCCAGCUCAAUCGGUGGACCAGUUGGGUCAGUUAAAAGAACUGGAGUGCCUGGCUUUAGAUUGCAUUGACUCACUGUCAAAUGGAAGUAGACAACUGUCAUCUUUACUAACCAAUUGUCCCAAGUUAAAUCAUCUGAAAUUGGGCAAACGUUGGCAAAUGUCACCCGCUGAGCUAAACAGAUUUCUAGAAAAUGCUCGGGACUUACGAUCGGAUCCAAAAAAUAAACUCUCAAUCACCAUUGAUUUCAUCAAGGCAUCGGAUACUCAAGAAAAGUUUAAAAAAUUGGUGGAGAAUCAGGAUCUUUUACGGAUUUCCUUCGAGGGAGCCACCUGUCAUCAUUGUCAACCUGAUACCCACUCCAAAUGCGAUACUAUCUUUGACCAGUAGUAUUCCCCAUAAACUUACCUGACAGUGGGAACUUUCUAUGGCCACAGUCAGCCUUAAAAUCCAAUCGUUGAUGGCGAUUCCUUUGUCCUCAAACUCUAAUCGCUUCCUAUUGUAAUCAUAAA